GUCAAGCUGGCUUGACUGUUACAGAAAGGAAACAAAGUAUAGUUUUAUUUCCACAUUUGUGACAAAUCUAUAGCCUACGGUUAUUUUUAGACAGUUACUUGAUAGUGUUAUCGCAGUGUUAUGUAAUUAAGUAUGUUAAUUUAAUGUGAAGAAAAAUAAAAACAUAUUUUUUUAUUUUUGUAUUGCCCUUCAUAAUACGUGUAUUUCCAUGGCAACCCCUUAAGAUGCCAGGAUGGAGUGUUGUGAGGUGGAGCCACGCUACACCAUAGAACAGAUCGAUCUCCUACAGCGCCUUCGUCUCUCAGGGAUGACCAAGCCCCAGAUCAUCCACGCCUUGGAGUCCCUGGAGCGCCUGGAGCCGGACCCCCGGCCUCCAUACUUUGACCCGCACACCGCCCCCUCCAACACCACCCCUACCCCAGCCCCAGCCCCUGCGCCCUCCUCCUCCUCUUCCCUCUCCUCCUCCUCCUCCCUCUCUCUGGCCUCAGCCACCACGCAGACCCCUGGCCUGGAUGGCGCCUCGCUGUCUCCUAGCAACAGCUACGAAGCCUCGCCCCCGCCCCAGUACCCACCGGGGGUCGGAGUUCAAAGGUCGUUCAGUUACGACAUCCUGGGGGAGGAAGACUGGGAUCUGGAGGAGAAGGUGGAGGAGUACAUGAGGAGGGACAGUAACCUGGUGAAGGAGGAGAUCAAAACCUUCCUCAACAACCGCAGGAUAUCCCAAGCCAUCGUGGGCCAGGUCACAGGCAUCAGUCAGAGCUACAUAUCCCAGUGGCUGCUGCAGCAGGGCCUGGAGAUGAGCGACACCAAGCGCAGGGCUUUCUACCGCUGGUAUCUGCUGGAGAGGAACAGCCCUGGGCUGAGAUGCAGUGAAAGCCAGCACGGCCAGGGUCCCGUGGCCAGGGCCAGGGGAGGGGACAGAGACGGGACGGGUGCGGCGGCGGGCGCGGCGGGCGCAGGGGCCAUCGCCGCCGGUGUCUCCAGCACGCCCUGGGGCAGACAGAGGGAGCUGCUGAUGCACCUGCUCCCAUGGUACACUGCUGCAGCGGCAGCCGCACAGGCCCAGACCCAGGCCCAAGCCCAGGCCCAGACCCAACCAGGUGCCACGCUGUCUAUGCGCUCUCUGGUGAAGGAGGAGCCUGAUUGGAGGACGGCGAUCCUACCUGGGGAAAGGGGCGGGCCCCUGAGGUUGCGUCGGGGCAGCAGGUUUACCUGGAGGAAGGAGUGCCAGUCAAUCAUGGAGAGUUUCUUCAUGGAGAAUCAGUAUCCUGAUGAGGCAAAGAGAGAGGAGAUUGCCAACGCCUGCAACUCUGUCAUCCAAAAACCUGGAUGCAAGCUGUCCGAGUUUGAGCGGGUGACGGCGUUGAAGGUCUACAACUGGUUCGCCAACCGGCGGAAGGAGAUGAAGAGAAGGGCCAACAUUGAGGCGGCCAUCUUGGAAAGCCACGGCAUCGAGGUUCCGAGUCCCAGCUGUCACUCAAACGGGGAAGAGGCGGAGUCACAGGAGUUUGGGGAGCAGGUGAACCCCCGAUUCGCAGAGCAGGAUGACUUGUCCUCCAGGAAGGACAUUGAUCACCAAGAUCCGACUCUGCUAACAGCUGCCGAGGUUGUGACCCUGCCUAGCCCCGCCCCUCAGGUCCUGGAACAGAAAGCCGACGAAUCGAAAAGGGAGACGGUGGAUGAGGAGUGAUCAAAGCUGGAGGAACGUGGGGAAAAACAGAAAUUUGAAUAUAAGAAAAAAGACAACAAAAAAAGAAGAAAAAGGCUUUUGUGAGUGUCUUCCGCCCCCUAGUGGCCUUCAGAGGUAAUGACACUCCGAGAGCUAGUGAGAGCUGAGGAAGAGAAAGGUGCUAAAUCUCGGUCUAGUGCCUCUAGUGGUAAGGAGGCCACAGUAUGUAUUAACAGUAAUCAUGCUUCUAGUAAUGGCAAUAUUUAUCUCUCCAUCUCUCUCUCUCUAUAUAUAUAUAUAUAAAAAUAUAUAUAGUGCAUUCCAAGACAGUCUUAACAAACACAGUCCCUAGAGGGAGUGUAUAAGGAUAGUUCCCUCUCGUGAAGCUAAAGCCUAACUUCUCUUUUUCUCUUAGCAAAUUCCUUUAAGUUGUUUGGAGAGGUUGUGUGAUGGUCAUGAGUGGUUUGAAAGUGGCAGAGCCUGCAGGUCAGGUGCAUUCUGGGUAAGACCAGAGAGUGUGGUUGAACCAUGGUUUCGUGGGAAAUGUCCAAUCAGAUAAUGCUAAUAUGAGGAUGCCUUCUGCACGCCUGAAUGUCUGGUUACGUAUGUAACUGACUAUGCCUAAUCAAUCAAUCGAUUGAUCAACUCAAUCAAUCAGUCUGAAAGCCUGUGUUUUAAGAGUAUUGCCCUGAGGGACGAAUGGAAUCUCAGGUAAACCCAAAGAUAAUGGAUAACGAUAGUGAAGAAUUGUAAGUAAAAAAUAAUAAUGUAAAAAAAAAAAAAAAAAAAAGAACCUCUCCGUGUUAAUCAAAGCAUAGUUCCAUAUCAUGUGUUCUGCCAAAACUUUUGAGAACUAUGUUUUAAUUUUAUAUAUAGCAAACCUCAUCCUGGGUUGGAUAUGCUUAUUAUGUGUUUCAUUUUAACAUCUUUAUUUGUAUUUUAUCAUAUCUGUUAUUUUGUUAUUGAGGAACUCCUGUUCCAUCAUCUGAACCCAGCAAGGGAAGCUAGACUAAAUGCAAGUCUACUGUUAGAUUUGGGUUUUAACAAUGCAAUUGAUGUAAUGUUAUCAUGAAAGUCAUAAUUACUAAUUAGCUAAAGAGCACUUUUCCUCGUUUAUAGAAUAAGCUAAAGCUUCUAAGUGGAUGUAUGUUUGUAUGAUUACGAAGAUGCACUUCCAAGUUUAGAUAAUCUUUAACUGAAAGAAGGAAAACAAGCAAUGUGAUGGGUGACCCCAUGGGUAUGCGUGGUUCACUGUGAACUGUUUUGCCCCUUUCAGUAAUGGUAACUGUAUUUACUAAAGUAUUUUCUAAAUGUUAGAAUGUUUCCUCACUCCCCAUUGGCCCAAAGGCCUUCUGAGUUAUAACAAGGCUGUAAAUUGUCAUUAAAUGAACGAAGCCUUUUUUCCUGCCCCAUUGAACCUGCCACCAUUAACCUCUUAAUGCCAAAGCUAUGCCAAGGUAGAGACAAACCCGGAGGCUAACGUGCUGAUAGAAAACCGUUGGGACAUUACGCCUGCUCAAGACACCUGACUUAACACUAUCGCGACGCAAACCGCUGUUCAGAUAACUGCUCGUUGUCCAGCUACUAAUGCUAGCCGACCGGCUUAAUUACCUCAGAACCGGAACGUGUCGUGAAUGUGUCGAGUCAGUUGACCUGAACCGACAGCCGUUCUUACUGUUCACCACAUCUCUUUUGAGGUUAUAACAGUGUAAUGUAGCGCUCAUGAUGAUGGGCCCGUGUUGACGUGUUCCAAGUCUCAGGCAGGACUUAAAAAGCUGCUUGUGUUACAGAUUUAAGAUGCUCUCGGUUUGCUUGACAUAGGAAAAAUAAUAAAACAUGUAAACAAGU